AAGACGUACAAAACACUCUUUGGAAUCUACCCCGGCUCUCAGCUCCUCCCUCCCCGCCCCCGGCAGCCUCUCCCCCAUUCAUUUUCCUCCGUCGCCGGCAAAGUCCCUCCCACUACCUAGCCCGGCCUCCGCUGCUCCCCGCCCGCAGACCGCGGCGUACUUGGACUUCCCUCUCCAUUCGCCAGCCGCCUCGCUCCGGGUCCCCACGGCUGCGAACUGAUCUGGCACGGGGGGGUGGGCAAGAGGAGGAGAAGAGCGCAGGCAAAGGAGAAGGCUAGAGAGACAGAGAGCCGGAGGCAGAGGGAGUAGUGGCCACCUUCCGGAGCCGGGAUUCAUGCCUGUCCUCGGGACCAGCCAAGGGGACUUUAAGGCUGAGUAUGAGCCAGGCUGCUAGGAGCCAGGUACCCCCACGCCUGCAGUCCCCGCGCCGUCCCCGGUAUGCGAGCUGGACGCAGGGCUCUUCCAAGUUCCCACCGAGCCGAAUAAAAAGCGUCCUCCUGCUGUUCUCCGCCAAAGACGGACAUUGACUCCAGGACUCCACAGAAUGGAGCAAGAAUGAGAGGAAAAAGGCCGGCAGAAAAGCAUGAACUGGAGGUUUGUUGAGCUCCUCUACUUCCUGUUUGUAUGGGGCCGUAUCUCAGUGCAGCCCUCCCACCAGGAGCCAGCUGGGACAGACCAACAUGUCUCCAAGGAAUUUGAUUGGCUUAUUUCAGACAGGGGGCCUUUCCACCACUCCAGGAGCUACCUAUCCUUUGUGGAAAGACACCGGCAAGGAUUUACAACCAGAUAUAAAAUAUACAGGGAGUUUGCCCGUUGGAAGGUGAGGAACACAGCCAUAGAAAGGAGAGAUCUGGUCCGUCAUCCAGUGCCCCUCAUGCCGGAGUUUCAAAGGAGCAUUCGUCUGCUUGGCAGGAGACCCACCACCCAGCAGUUCAUUGAUACCAUCAUCAAAAAGUACGGCACACACCUGCUCAUCUCUGCUACAUUGGGAGGAGAGGAGGCUUUGACCAUGUACAUGGACAAAAGUCGCCUCGACCGGAAGUCAGGAAAUGCUACCCAAAGUGUUGAAGCUUUGCACCAGCUUGCAUCAUCCUACUUUGUCGACCGUGAUGGCACCAUGAGAAGGCUCCAUGAGAUCCAGAUUUCAACUGGAGCAAUCAAGGUCACAGAGACACGCACUGGGCCUCUGGGCUGUAACAGCUAUGACAAUCUGGACUCUGUGAGUUCUGUCCUUCUGCAAAGCACGGAGAGCAAACUGCACCUUCAAGGUCUACAGAUAAUCUUCCCGCAGUAUCUGCAAGAGAAGUUUGUACAGUCAGCCUUGAGUUACAUCAUGUGCAAUGGCGAGGGAGAGUAUGUCUGUCAGAACAGCCAGUGUCGCUGCCAGUGUGCUGAGGAGUUCCCACAGUGCAACUGCCCUAUCACCGACAUCCAGAUCAUGGAAUUUACACUGGCUAACAUGGCCAAGGCCUGGACUGAAGCUUAUAAGGACCUGGAGAAUUCAGAUGAGUUCAAGUCAUUUAUGAAGCGUCUCCCAAGCAACCACUUCCUGACCAUUGGCAGCAUCCACCAGCACUGGGGCAAUGACUGGGACCUGCAGAGCCGUUACAAGCUUCUGCAGAGUGCCACUGAGGCUCAAAGGCAGAAAAUCCAGCGUACUGCCCGCAAGCUCUUUGGCCUCAGUGUGCGCUGUCGUCACAAUCCCAACCACCAGCUGCCUAGAGAGAGGACAAUUCAGCAGUGGCUUGCAAGGGUCCAGUCACUUCUCUACUGCAAUGAGAAUGGGUUCUGGGGAACCUUCCUGGAAAGCCAGAGGAGUUGUGUGUGCCAUGGUAGCACCACACUGUGUCAGCGCCCUAUCCCAUGCAUCAUAGGUGGGAACAACAGCUGUGCCAUGUGCAGCCUGGCCAACAUCUCACUCUGUGGCUCCUGCAAUAAGGGCUACAAGCUGUAUAGAGGCCGCUGUGAACCACAAAACGUGGACUCUGAGCGGAGUGAGCAGUUCAUCAGCUUUGAGACCGACCUGGACUUCCAGGACUUGGAACUGAAGUACCUGUUGCAGAAGAUGGAUUCACGCCUCUAUGUCCACACUACCUUCAUCAGCAAUGAGAUUCGCCUGGAUACGUUCUUUGACCCUCGGUGGCGCAAGCGCAUGUCCCUCACUCUCAAGAGCAACAAGAACCGCAUGGACUUUAUCCAUAUGGUGAUCGGCAUGUCCAUGCGAAUCUGCCAGAUGCGAAACAGCAGCCUGGACCCUAUGUUCUUUGUCUAUGUCAAUCCCUUCAGUGGGAGCCAUUCAGAAGGCUGGAACAUGCCCUUUGGGGAAUUUGGCUACCCACGUUGGGAGAAGAUCCGUCUGCAAAACAGCCAAUGCUACAACUGGACUCUCUUGUUGGGCAAUCGGUGGAAAACUUUUUUCGAGACUGUCCAUAUCUACCUACGUAGUCGGACUCGGCUACCCACCCUACGCAAUGAGACUGGCCAGGGCCCCGUGGACCUGUCAGAUCCCUCCAAAAGGCAAUUCUACAUCAAGAUCUCCGAUGUGCAGGUGUUCGGGUAUAGCCUGAGGUUCAAUGCUGACCUCUUACGAAGUGCCGUGCAACAGGUUAAUCAAUCCUAUACACAGGGUGGCCAGUUCUAUUCCUCCUCAUCCGUGAUGCUUCUCAUGUUGGACAUUCGGGACCGAAUUAACCGCCUGGCCCCUCCUGUGGCCCCAGGAAAACCCCAGCUGGACUUGUUUUCCUGUAUGCUGAAGCACCGCCUGAAGCUGACCAACAGUGAGAUUAUCAGGGUGAAUCAUGCCUUGGACCUCUACAACACUGAGAUCCUCAAACAGUCUGACCAGAUGACAGCCAAACUCUGCUAACCCGGGACCCUUUGCCAUGGACUUUCCCUUCUGUUGUAGGAAUACAACAGAAUAAAACAAAGUAAAACAAAAGAAAAGACACACACACACACACACACACACACACACACACACACACACACAAACAGAUUUGUAAAAUGUAAUUAGUAUUCAAAGGAAAGGAGGAAAAUACUUCAUUUGUUGAAAGCUAAAGUGUUCUAGCAGCUGUAUAAAACAGUGGGGCAUGUCUCUUACUUCUAUAUUAUGUCAUGAAGAAGGAUCUCAGAAUUUUGUGAAGCUUUGAGUUGGUGGCUUCUUUGGCAUCAGGUGCUGUGUAGAGGGGGGGGAGAAGGGGAGAUCAUAUGCAAUGAAUUGUAAAGACCUCUGCUGUGCAGGUGCUAAGAUUAAACACUAAAAGAGAGAGAAAGAGAUAUAUGUAAUGUACCUCUGACACUGCCAUUUUUCCUUGUGAGAGGAAAUGGACGUAGAUAAAGAAGAUAUUUCUUCCGCUAA